AGUGACAGGCUUUUUGUCAAGGGCUUAGCCUACUGAUCCUGGCUCCUAGUACAGCACAGUCCAACAUUUAUUUCCAGGAGUGAUGAGACUGAGACAAGAGCCAGACGGUCAUAAACAUAAUCACAGACUAAUAAAUCUGACGCUGCAGUGGUAUCUAGAACCGAAACUUGAUUUUUGGCAGAUUGUUAAAGCAGAGAAAUCCGGUCGAUAACCUACUGAAGACAAGGUUCGGAGACAAGUGAACUUGCUCUACGGGAAACCCGCUUCCAGAGGUCCACGGAUAUAGGCAACACGAUUUGCACGCGCAAGGGACUGCGAGUUAUGGAUUUCCCGGGAACUGUUCUACUUCUACUGUUGUGAGGUUUUCUUCUGCAUCACCUGUUUUAUAACUGUGUUAUUGAAUAUAUUAUUAGAAAUAUAUAAACUAUAGCCUAUUUUUGAUCAUGUACCAAAAUAGUAAGAAAUGUUUUACCAUCGAAUCCCUUGUUGGGAAAGACGUGAACUCUUCGACUAACGGGGACGAACCGAUCAGACCCACAGCGCUGAGGUUCAUGGAAUCAAUUCACCAGGCGCCUUUUGGGAGUUGUUUCCAGAACUCCGGCAGGACUUUAUACGGCAGUCCAGACAUGAUGUUCCCUGACCCGGGUACACACACAGGGAACUCCGGUCUGCCCCUGCAUCCCCUCCAGCUUCCAUCUCAGCCUUUCUUCAACCCGCAUCAGAGAGACACGUUGAAUUUCUACCCGUGGGUUCUUCGAAACAGAUAUCUCGGUCACAGGUUUCAAGGUGAGGACAGCAGCCCAGAGAACAUGCUCCUUCAUGGGCCUUUUUCCCGCAAGCCGAAGCGCAUCCGGACAGCCUUCUCCCCCUCACAGCUCCUCAGGCUGGAGAGGGCCUUUGAGAAGAACCACUAUGUGGUGGGAGCAGAGCGGAAGCAGCUCGCCAGCGGCCUCUGCCUCACCGAGACACAGGUAAAGGUUUGGUUCCAGAACAGGAGGACGAAGCACAAGAGACAGAAGCUGGAGGAAGAGUCACCUGAGUCGCAGCAGAAGAGGAAAGGAAGCCAGCACGUCAGCCGCUGGAGGGUGGCUACGCACCAGGGCAGUAGCCACGAGGACAUCGAUGUCAUCUCAGAGGACUGACGUACGUCGUUGUCACCUUGAUUGAACCGUCAUAAAUCAUUCAACAUGAACGCACACUGACCGACUGCUGACUGACUUGUGUCUGAAUAUGGGCAGUCUGUGUGCUCCUCUGAACACCUGAUUUGAUUUAAUUUGACCUUUGACACCACCUGUUGUUGAUCAAACAGAUGAACAACUUUAAUGAAAACGAUCAGAAUGACUUAUUCAUGUUGGACAAAAGAACUCUUGUUUGAUCGUUAAAGAGACAGAUCUGACAUUUUGUAGCUGAAGGGUUUUUAACCCAAGUUUAUCAUGUUAUUACACAGCUCCGGCUGCUGUAAACGUGGUGGAUAUCUGCAUUUGGUCUAUGUUGCUUGCCGUAGUAGCACAAACUACUGAAGAGAGACUGUUUGACUUGGAGGAAUUGUUCAGUACAGUUUGUUACUCUAUUGUCUACCUGAACUUGAGAUUGUCCUUACUCACAUUUAACAAAACAUCAUUAUUGUUUUAGCAUUUUCAGUUUGUUGAUGUGUAUUUGUACAAUGCUAAAUAUGCACAAUAUAUUUGUGGUAAAAAAUAAGCCAUUGGUAUGAUAGCUAUAGAGGAACCUGCUGUUUCAGUUUAGGAUUUUGUUUGUCUUAAUUAUAGUCUUUAGACCAGUCCCACUGAAAAGUAGGUAACCACCACUACAGACAAUACAUCAUACUGAUGCCAUGUUACCCUGAAAUAUGUUUUGGAUUCUCACAUUGGAAUAGUUUGGACAAUUUAAAGUGUAAGUAUUUAUACAAAUUUAAAAAAAGGUAUUCUAUGCAUAUUUUGUCCUUGUUUUGUUUCCUCUGGAUUUAAAAAAGGCUAUUUUUGUCUAGUUUGUUACUUACUUUAAAUUCAUUCCACGUUUGCUUUUGCCUUUGACAAAUAUUUGAUAAAUUAUAUUGAGACCAUGUAGAAUGUACAGUGCAGGCACAUUACAACUUGUCCACAAGAAUGACAAGAAAAACAAAUGUACCUCAAUACUACAUUUAUUUCAGCAACCGUUACCAUUCCUGAGAUAUCAUGUUACGUAGCACUUCGUAGUGGAAUAUACAUUUGCAUUUGUUUUAAAUAGAUUAGAAAUGAUGCAUUGUAAGUAGGAAUCUUUCGUUUGACCUAUUUCUCCCGAGAGUGAACGUUUUUGUACUUUCUGUGUGUGGUCAGAUGACUUUGGAAAAUAAAAACAUCUACCGA